GAUGCCGUGAUUUUUAAAACGCAGCGACUCCAGCUGUCCAAACAAAAAGGGAGCGAGGAGGAAUCAUCAAACAGCAGAGAAGACGAACCUGCAGCUUGUUGAACGGUGAACAUGUCGGACAGAGUUUUCGAACUUCUGAGAGAAAGCCAUCUUUCGCUGAAUCCCAUCCCAUCAGGGCGACAGCUGCCCAGGACUCCUCCUCCUCUGACGGGUGUGAAGGAACAACUCCAUUUGUGCAAUGAGGAUGAUGAUGAGGAGACCAGUAGUCUGGAUCCACAUCCACACAACAGAACGUUUGAUUUCAACACUUUUGGGACAGAAUCAGAACCAGAUGACCCAAACUCCAUGCUGAAAGGAAUGAAGGACUAUCAGCUGACACAGACUGACUUGGAGUUUAUUGAAAAGAUGAGAGUAGAGAAAUGUAUGAAAAGACUGCAGGGAGAUCUGGAGGAAGUGCAGAGGUUGUUAAUGAAGGAAAUGAUGCCGUUAGAGCUGGCGUUGGCUUCCAGGGAGAAGGCACAGGCUGACUUCCAAAUGUUCCCGUCCUGUGAAGACCUCACUGAGUGGGUGAAGGUGGUCCUCAAAAUGACAUCGCCAUCAACCGCGUCAACAGACCUCGACGCCAAGUCUCUCCUGGCCACGGUGACGGGAAAAACCAUUCGACGAGCCAAGGAGGAGAAGAGGAUUGAGCUCACUCAGAUGGAGAAGAGGGUGGCAAACAAAAGGACGAAGGAGGUUCAAGCAAAAGGGCAGCUGGAAAAACAAGUUGCCCAUGAGCAGCUGAAGGUACAAGGAUUAAUGAGUCGGUUAUCAGACCUGAAAUCUCAACUUUUACAACAAGAGGAUGUCUAUAAAGCUCUUGAAAUGCAGAUCAACGCCCAAGAAUCACCAGAGAUCACAGCAGAAGAAGCCGCUCCAGAGGAACUGCAAGCCGCGAAAAGACAAGCGAACUAUCGAGGAAAGGGAAGAACAAAAGCUCUGGAAUCUACUAAGAAGUUGCAAGACACAACAAACCAAAGUAAAUCAACAAGGAGCAAACCGAGGGACCGUCGCACCGGUGUGAAAGACAAUCAUGGAAAGAACACAAGUGGAACUCUGAAGCCCAAACAGAAGGAGACGGCAGCCAGAACUCCAUCGCAGGAAGUCGAGACGACCGCACAAGAGUCUGUAGGAGGUGUGAGAGGGAGAAGGAAGCCUCCGGGAACCUCGACUCCACCACUGAAGAAUCAAAGUCGUGCAAAAGCUGGGGAAGCCACGUCGAGGCGAGCUGCUGGUGAUGCAGGAGAUGAGACGCAGCACACUGUUCUGAGGAGGUCCAGGAGGAUCGCCAACAGGGCGGCUAUGUGUUCGUAGCUUUAUAUUAGCUGGAUUAUUAUAUAGCGUACAGGUGCAAUCCUCCACCACGAGGUUGACACUUGUGGUUUUUAGUUGUCUGAUUAUCACAUUUUAAUUUUCCCAUGAUCGUCUUCAUUUUGAGUUGUUCCUGAAUUAAUUCCAACUUUUUUUUUUUUUUUUUUAAAUUUUUUUUUUUUAUGGAUGUUUUAAUGUAUAAACUGCUGUUUUUAAUUAAAUAUUCAUUGUGGCAUUACGAUACCUUGAAGCUUACGUCUUACAAUAAAGUCAGAAUAUUGCAA